UGGGCUUAUAACCGGCAGCUGAUCUAAUAGCGAGCGAAGCCAGAGGCUCCUGCGCAGUGCGCCGUGUACAGGGAGGGUUCGGGGGUAACACAGCUCGUUUGGCGAUCAAACACAUCUCAGUGACAUUUGUGCCAAUACGUGUUGCGUCCGCUCGACUUCAUCCCGCCAGGAGCUGCUCGGUAGAUCAAUAUCUUCGGUAGAAAUCAAGCGGAGUGACGGGGAAAAGCGGAACUCUAUGCAUUACUCGCGACGCGUCGCAAUUUGGUUGUACAGGCUGCAUGUGGGUUUGAUGAAAAAAUGUGGGUAUUUUGCUGACUUGGAGAUGAUAUCAUUUUGGCUACUCUGUUUGAAAGUGCUGAGAGCCACGACUGGCAUGAAAAGGACGAAUGGGGGCAAACUGAUUGAAGGCUGCAGUCACCCUCAAAACCCAACAGCCGAAGAUCAAGAAUACUUCUCAGAAGCUGUUACCAUAGAGACCAGCCACCUUUCAGGCAUGGGCACUGUAACUGACAAUAACAUGGAUUCUAUGGUAACAGAGAUGGCAGAAAAUAAUGGCUUACUUGUGGAAGGUGAAAAAGUUGGCAUCCAGGCAGACGUAAUGCAACCCAUUAAGACGGAAGAAAGUGUGGGACCGUCAGAGGGUCCGCCCCGAGACAAAGAUGAAAUCGCUGUACUUGAGGACUUAGAAAAUGGAGAUCAGGAGAGUGUGAGAGACAUUAGCUGCCACAAGGAGGCUUUGGUCCUCGAGGCAGGACAAGAGGAGUUCAAUCGAACAGAGACCAUGACAUCAUCAGUUUCAGACUCCCCCUCAAAUACAGGAAGCGUGUGUGAGAACAAAUUAACUUGCAAAUCACAGAACCAGAUCGACCACAACAAAAGGGACUCUCCUUUAACCACGGAUGAAAAGGUCAGUUCUGUUCCCACAGAAGAAAGGCACAGUCUUAUAUACACAGAAAAAAUGGACAGUCCUAUACCCAAAGAAGAAAAGGAGAGUCCUAUAACCAAGGAAGAAAAAGAUAGUAAUGUUUCAAAUGAAAAAAAGGAGAGUCAUAUACCAAAAGAAAAGGAUAGUAAUAUACCCAGUGAAAAAAAUGACAGUCCUAUACCCAAUGAAAAAAAGGAGAGUCCUAUAACCAAGGAAGAAAAAGAUAGUAAUGUUUCAAAUGAAAAAAAGGAGAGUCCUAUACCAAAAGAAAAGGAUAGUAAUAUACCCAGUGAAAAAAAUGACAGUCCUAUACCCAAUGAAAAAAAGGAGAGUCUUAUACCCAAGGAAGAAAAAGAUAGUAAUAUACCCAGAGAAAAAAAUGACAGUCCUAUACCCAAUGAAAAAAAGGAGAGUCCUAUACCCAAGGAAGAAAAGGAUAGUAAUAUAACCAAUGAAAAAAAGGAGAGUCUUAUACCCAAAGAAGAAAAGGAUUGUCCUAUACCCAAAGAAGCAAAUGAUAAUCCUAUAUCCAAAGAAGAAAAAUAUAAACCUCUACCCAAUGAAGAAAAGGAGAGUCCUAUAGCUAAAGAAGAAAAGGAGAAUCCUAUACCUAAAGAAGAAAAAGAUAAACCUCUACCCAGUGAAGAAAAGGAGAGUCCUAUAGCUAAGAAAGAAAAGGAGAAUCCUAUACCUAAAGAAGAAAAAGAUAAACCUCUACCUAGUGAAGAAAAGGAGAGUCCUAUAGCUAAAAAAGAAAAGGAGAAUCCUAUACCUAAAGAAGAAAAAGAUAAACCUCUACCCAGUGAAGAAAAGGAGAGUCCUAUAGCUAAAGAAGAAAAGGAGAGUCCUAUAGCUAAAGAAGAAAAAGAUAGUGCUCUACCCACAGAAGAAAGCAACAAUCCUAUAUCCAAAGUAGAAAGGGAUACUCCUAUACCUAAAGAAGAAAUGAACAGUCCUGUCCUCACAGGAGAUGCUGAAGACAAUGUGGUUCCAGAAAUCAGUCAGAAAGCUGUUGAUGGUUGUGAGGGACAUGGUGUUACCCAACAUAACGCCACCCAGGAGGAGAAAGAAGAGCCUAUUUUACAAAUGUGCCUCAGGGAGGAUAACUUAUCAGAAAUCUCCAACGAAUCUUGUCACAAUCUCGACCAAGAUGACCUGAGUGACUGCUUGCAGGUUGAAAUAGCCAUUGUGUCGUCAGACAGUGAAUCUGACGACAAAUGGCGAGCCAUAUUUUCGUCCUCAAUAAAUAAAGAGGAAGAAAAUGACGUAUACUUGGACAACAGCAAGGACACUAAUGCCCAAGAACAUUUUGUUCAAGAAGUAGCAAGCGUGGAGGAUGCCCUUACAGAACCCGAACAGGAGAAUGAAGCUCAGCUCCAAGACAGCGCAAGUAUUUUAGAGCAGCCUGAGUCAUACUCAGGGUAUGACUUAGAGACACAGGAAGAUCCCUGCCAUUUUUCUACCCAAUCUCAAGGCUUAUCAAAAAUGUCUGAGGACAAGGAACAGGUUGCUCCGAACUUAGUCAAGCACAGAACAUACACAAUAAACCCUGCAAGAUCCAGCACGGACAAAAAGAUCCCCAGUGACUACUGUGUAAUCCAGGAAACAAAGAGUGAAAAUGUCAGCACAGAGCAUGUGGAUUUCCGAGUUGCUCGCAAACAGUGGCUGAAGAUGGAGGAGCAGACGAAGCAGCAAGCUCUCCAACCUACUGUCAAACAGGGAUCCUGUCAGGGGGGACACAGCCUCAUGUACACUCCAGUGAGGAACAUCGAGAAGCCCAAGAAAGACAUGGAGCUUGACAGUCUGGCUCUGAGGGAACUCACAUUUACCCAAUUCAGCCCAUGCUCUGAAGAUUCGGGUCUGGAUGAUUCCAGUUACCGCUCCCCUUAUGAUGAACCUGAGACUCCCAUUGAAAGGGAGAUCCGCCUAGCCAUGGAGCGAGAAGAGAACUUUAGAAGGGAGAGGGGGCUGCCCACCUCACCCUCCGCCAAUAUUAGACCUGCCACCCUCUUCAUGGGGAAGUUCAACAAACCAGAGGAGAGAAGAAAGACCCCAGACCUUCAGGAAGACAGCUGUAGACCACUGAGGUCUCCCAGCAUUAAAACACCACCCAUCUCCGUCAGCACUUCGUCAUCAUUAAAGAGUCCCACAUAUCACGAGAUGACAGCCAACAAUGUCAUCAUCCUUGAGCCAGAUCCCUGUGGUCCCGGAGCAAAGCAUUGCUCUCAGGGGCCACAGAAAUCUCCAGGAUUGAAGACAUUCAGUGAGUGGCCCUCAGACACCACCAACGUCAUCAUCCUCGAGACGUCCAACCUAAUAAUACGCAGUGCCUCGGAGUUCUGCCUCAACACGACCUGCCAGGAUGCACAAGAGAGUACGUUCUUGAACAAUCCCUUCUUCAAACUGCGCUCCCGGAGCUCCCACUCCCUGGUAGACCGAGAAAUCAAGAUCGUCAAGAAGAGGGAGGAGGAGCUAAAACAACAAAGGGCUCAUCUUUAUCCAAAGGAGAAAUAUGACACUGUUCUGGUGUCACCGAACUUAAUGGAAAGCAUAAACUUUGACAAAUCAGAAUUGCCAGUGAGAUGCAAAUCGUCUCCUUCGUCACCCCUGAGGGCCGCUCGCAAGAUGGACCGCUCCGUUGUGUCCUGUGACCACAAGUUCACAGACACCUUUUCUGUGGUGCGCCGCAAGAGUGCCAUGGCGAUGCGAUGGGAGGCAGGGGAGUUUGCCAAUCACCAACAAGAGUGAACGCAGGAGACCAAUAGCAGCAGAGACGCAGGAGGCCUACAGUUCUGUUCUUUUCUGAAUCAGUCACGGUGCUGCGUUUUGUCUUGAUAUAACCUAGCAACAAGCAAUGUGUAUCUGUCAUGGAUACCGUGGUAUUAUACGAAAGAAACAACAACUAGUGUACAAAUGUCACAACCCCCAGUUGCUAUAUGAAUGAUGCCCCUAUAUUUAGAGCACUUGAUGUUCAACAGAAAUAAUUUUACAUCAUUCCGAUUUAUAGUCUAGAUCGCAUAUGGAAGAUAUUUAUUGCACUUAAUUUUUACAAAAAAAAAAAAAGAUUUGUACUUUUUCCAAAAAUUUGAAUUUAUGAAUAAGAGGUUCAGAAUUGUAUGAAUUCAAAAACAGGAGACAUUUGCUUAAAAUUAUCUUUACAUUUAUUCUCUAGGAGAAGCAAGAAAAAGGUAAUCAUACUUGUUUGGAAGAUGGUUAAAUAUAUCCCCUUCAUAUUUUGACACCCAUACGAUGAAUUAUGACCUAUACAUAAUGUGGCACUGAAUAACAUACUGAUGUUCUAAUUUAUAAUGUACAGGUUUGCUCUUUAAACUACUUCUGCCAAAGGUGCCAAUCUUGAAAAACAAUAUUAAAGACUACAAUCGUGGAAGAUUUGCUAUAGAUUUUAAAAGUAAACAUAAUUUUACUAUUGUCGAACGUUUAAGCAAUCGCUUUCUCAAUAAUUUUCUAAUAAUUUUUAAUAAGACAAAUCUUUAUUGGUAAGAGUAUUAUGAGAAUUUACAACACAUGGACCUUACAAUGUGGGGGAAAAAAUGUCAAAAACUGGGUUCCCGUGGUAUCCCAUAAAUAAAUAGCUGUUUUGUUUUGGAAAUAAUGGAAGAACUGUACAAAAAAUGGAGUGCUAUUUUAUAUUGCAAUUAUUUAUCUUCAAGGCUAAGAGUUAAUUGUUCUAUAUCGUUAACCGCAGACACAGAUAAGAAAAUAGCCUCACACUUUGUUUUUUUGCUAGUGUAGUUUUGCAUGCGGAAACCUUGAUUUUACAUAACUGGCACACAUGAAUGAAGGGCUGUGUUUAGUCGUUUUGAUCUCAGCGGGAUUUUUAGGGCUGUCCUCUGUGUGCACUUCUGCCUGUACGUCGCAUGAAGACUGUGGACGCAUUUGGGACGGAAGUUCCGACAGUAGUAAUGAACUUACAGGAAUUAAAGGAGGUGCCCAGCUGACAUGAAAUGGCCACGUAGAGGGAAGGACACGGGUCAGUCGAGUAAUGAGCGUGCGGGGGCGUUUUGAAAGGGGGGAAAAAAAAUACUCUUCUCCAGGUGAGUUUGGUUAAGGUCAGCCAGCAAUUUUAAUGGAUAAUCUUCCCCGGCCACAGAAGGCACAAA